UCUUUUUUAAUUCUGCAUUUCAAGACUUAUUUAUGAGCUACUUAUUUAUUUAUUUCUCCCUCUCCCUCUCCCUCUCCCGCGUUACCAUCCACACGAAUACCGGACCUGUCUCCAGAUUCCAACAGGAUUCCAACAGCUCUCCAACAGCAAACCUGCACCAUAACCACUUUUAAUAAUUCAGACGACCUAAACUCUGCAGCGCCUAGAGCUAGACUACUAGUAUCGCACUACUAGUAUCGCACUACUAGAUUACGGUAGCCCAGUUCGCCUCCCCACACUCUUGCCCUGCUUUGAUUAUUAACUUUCCUGUCACUGGAAACUACAAAUUGCCAUCCACCCGCUUCUAAUUAAUUUCCCUUUCAUUCUCGCUUCCCUAUUGCGAAAAUCCCCCAAACGCGAUCAAAGCUGUUUUGCAAUCCGUCUUUAGUGUCGCCAACACUUGGGCGCAGCCCACCAAGGCGACCUCGAGCCGCCAACCAACCUUCUCGAUUCGCCGAACUGACCCAUCUCUCUCUCCACGCCGUUUCUCCGUCGCCAAGUCACCUUUUUCCUAUUCGAGACUUGAUCCAUAACUACACGCCCGCCCUAGUUAAUAACGAACUCGCAUCACCAAUUACCAAUUUCAGAAAUGUCGAGCGCUUCGGAAAAGACGGUCUCUCCCAGCGCCUCCAAGCAAUCUUCCAUAAAAUCCGUCGAACUUUCCACGCGAUCUCCGAAAUUACGACCACAAAAUGGGCAACCCAUUGGCGACGCUUCUCAUGCCGAGGCUCAGCCGAAGCAACCCGAGAAGGCUUCCAUCAAGGACAGGUUAACCCGAAUGUUUUCCAAUAGGGACGACAUGACCCGAUCCGCCCUUCUCGAUACAACGCAACCAUCUAAGCGCAUCGUUCCGAGUCCUUCUCCUAGCCAGACUGGUGUUAGCACACCCUCAAAGCCAAGCGGAUUGACUCGUAAACCAUCCUCUGCUGAUCCGCCUGCCGCAUCUAAACCAAUACACUACCAGCGAUUUGUUGCGAAUCCAGACGUCCCUGGCGGCCAUGAACACCAUCUCAAGGGUAGCAAGCGACAAGAGAAACUCUCUGAUAUGUGGAAGUCUCUACUUGGGAGAAAGCAAGACCAGCCAGCAGAAGCUGAUUUGUCCUUGGUCUCCAGUUGGGUUGACACCCUUAAGCAGGAGAAAGAGUCACUGGCCGGCGACAAGAGAGGAGGUCCAAACCAGAGCAUUACUCUAGUCGAGAAGUAUGGCAAAUGCCAAGAGGUGGUGGGUCGUGGUGCUUUCGGCAUCGUAAGAAUAUCGCAUAAGAAGAUGGAGAACGGAGAGAAGCUCUUUGCCGUUAAGGAAUUUCGUCGUCGACCGGAAGAGACGGAGAAGAAGUAUAGCAAGCGCCUGACGGCAGAGUUCUGCAUAUCUUCCUCUUUACGUCACCCUAAUGUCAUACAUACACUAGACCUGCUUAAGGACCAAAAAGGUGACUAUUGCGAGGUCAUGGAGUAUUGCUCCGGUGGUGAUCUCUACACGCUCGUCCUCGCCGCUGGGAAGCUGGAGGUGAUAGAAGCCGAUUGUUACUUCAAGCAAAUGAUGCGCGGCGUUGAAUACCUACACGAGAUGGGAGUCGCACACCGCGAUUUAAAGCCCGAGAACCUACUUUUGACGAGCCAUGGUGCCUUAAAAAUCACGGAUUUCGGCAACGGUGAAUGCUUCAGGAUGGCGUGGGAAAACGAUGCCCACAUGGUGUCGGGUCUCUGCGGCUCCGCACCUUAUAUCGCUCCGGAGGAAUACAUCGACAAAGAAUUCGAUGCUCGUGCCGUUGAUGUCUGGGCUUGUGGUGUUAUAUAUAUGGCGAUGCGAACCGGACGACACUUGUGGCGCGUUGCCAAGAAGGACGAGGAUGAGUUCUACGAGCGGUACCUCGAAGGACGCCGCGAUGAAGAAGGUUAUGGCCCAAUCGAGUCAUUACACCGUGCUCGUUGUCGCAAUGUCAUCUACUCUAUCCUAGAUCCCAAUCCUACGCGACGUAUCACAGCAUCGCAGGUUCUCAAGUCCGAAUGGGGCCGCGAAAUUAAGCUUUGCAAAGCUGGCGAAGAAGGUCUCUAAGCGACGCUGCUCUUCAUGAGCGGCGUCUCUUGACUAAGGGAUGAACUUUCUAUUGUUAGACCGAUAACCGAUCGCUACGGGCUGUUUCGUCCCUUUGGU